UCGAACCUGAAGUCAGUUUAGUGUCUGAUCAUUAGAGGAGCUGCUGUCACCAACAGGCACAAUAAGAUGCAGAUGUCCCACAGGCCUGUGCAGUGGCUCGCUGUCAUGCUUCUCGUCGUCUUUACAAGUGGCCAGUGUCAACAGAGCGAGAGUCGCCGAGCUGUAACCGAACACCAGCUGAUGCACGACCGCAGCCGAAACAUCCAGAGUCUCAAGAGACUCAUCUGGCUGUCCAGCGCUAUCGAGGGUCUCCACACUGCCCAGACCAGGUCUGCUGCUUUCGACCCCACAAAGGUCCUGAACCUUGCUCUGAACCCAGCGCUGGUCCCUGCUGCUGGAAGUCCCCAGCCCACCCGGGUGCAGAGCCUCCUGAGAGACUUCUUUAACCCCUACCUGUCUCAACAGCCAGACAGAGAGGCCUAACAGCACUAUAGUGCACAAACAUGAAGCUACUGUACUGUACAUAAAAAAUAAUUAUUUGUGUCCAUUGUUUGUCUUUAGUGCCAAGACACCCAUCCAGCUGCAGACAAGUCCAAAUGUCUCCAAGAGUUUAGAAGCAGAUUCAAUUUUAGUUAUGAAUAACUCUUUGAGUCUGAGCUUCCUGAAGGUACACUUCAUGUACGAUCACAUCACACUUUCAUCGAGGGCUGGGCGAUACAACCAAAAAUAAAAAUGUUUUCAAGCAACAAUUUCAAUCAUUUUUUCCCUAUAAGAAACAAGAAGACUAAAACACGACUAAAAUAUCAUAUUUUAAUGUGUAAAACAGAGCUUGUACAUGUGGCCCGUUGGUCUAGAGGUAUGAUUCUCACUUAGGAUGCCUGCAAGUCCAGAUUUCAAAUCCCAGAUGAGCCCCCCAUGUACUGCAUUUCAUCAUCUCAGUACCUGUAGGCCUACUUUGUGCAAAGACAAUAAAGUUGAAUCGUGUGUCACCUGCAUAUUACAUAUUGUACAGUAAACCUGCCUUAUUAAGACUUUUUAAUGGAUCAUCUGCAUGCUUUCAGUUAAAAUUGGUGCAUUUUAAUGGAU